UUUCACAAUGGAGUAAUUUAUCCUUUCAGCGUAGACUAUCUGUGUAUCAUAACAGGUUGCCGCUAUGUGACGUCCCCCAAGGACGUUAAACUGGUUAAACUUCAACUGAAGAGGACAGGUCUAGGUGUAUGUUCAUAUUCUCCGGGCAGCAUCCCCACAGCAGCUGGAGGACGGAGAAAGAGGAAGUGCAGACGAGGAGAUUUAACUUGGAGCAGUGAAAGGAAUGAAGAUAUACUGGCCAAAGCAAUGACGUAGAUGAUAAGUGGGUGAGUUAAGACACACACUGACUACGAGUCCAAUCAGCCCUUCUGCCUCUGAAAUGGAGCAAGAAGCUGCAGCAAGGGAGGGUGCAGACUCACAGCUGAUAUACAGGAUAGAGCGUCCAGUUUAUGAUGAAGGCUUCAUCCGGUCGCAGCUUCUCCACCGCAAAGAAGACUCCACCACCCUCCGACAGAGGCUGGCACAAAAGUUCAGGUGUUCAUCUAAGAAAGCCAAAGCAGCGGCUUUAAGCUGUCUGCCCAUUCUAACAUGGCUGCCAUCCUAUCCAGUCAAGCAGUACCUGUUUUCGGACGUGGUCUCAGGUCUGAGCACAGGAGUUGUGCAGCUCCCUCAAGGUCUGGCCUAUGCUAUGCUGGCUGCUGUGCCUCCAGUUUAUGGUCUGUACUCUUCUUUCUACCCCGUGCUGCUCUACACCUUCUUUGGCACAUCCAGACACAUAUCCAUUGGUUGCCGCUAUGUGACGUCCCCCAAGGACGUUAAACUGGUUAAACUUCAACUGAAGAGGACAGGUCUAGGUGUAUGUUCAUAUUCUCCGGGCAGCAUCCCCACAGCAGCUGGAGGACGGAGGUAA